UCGCCCAUCAUGUCGCCCAACAUGUCGCUCUUCUCGGUCAAUGCCGUCCUGAUCUUGGCCGCUGACGACUCGUCGCGCAUCCUCGCCAAAUACUACUCUCCCNCUCAUGCUCCUGCGAAUGCUACGGCCAACGACUUCCCCGGUGCCAACCCAUACCCUCAACUCAAGGACCAAAAGGCUUUUGAGAAGGGACUCUUGGAGAAGACGGCCAAGCAGAACAGCGACAUUAUCCUCUACGACAACCGAAUUGUAGUCUUCAAGAUGGAGAGCGAUGUCAUGCUUUACGUCGUUGGAGGCGCCGACGAGAACGAGAUUCUGCUCUACUCUGUUGUUCUGGCUCUGCGCGACUCUCUGAACAUCCUGCUCAAGAACUCUGUUGACAAGCGCACAAUUGUUGAAAACUACGACCUGGUAUCGCUUGCUAUUGACGAGAUCAUCGACGACGGUAUUGUGCUCGAGACGGAUCCUGUCAUCGUUGCGUCGCGUGUCAGCAAGCCCNCUGUCCAAGACAUCAGUAGCGUGCAGGGCAUCGACCUCUCGGAAGAGGGUCUGCUCAAGGCAUGGCAGUUCGGUAAGAUGAAGUUGGGCGAGAGAUUACGACAGGGCGUUAUGCGGCAGCAGCAUGACAAGCGUCACGACCAAUCAUCGAAUGCUUUGUGGGAUACUGAGGAUAUCUUAGACAGACCAGACGAACGGAACGAGUCAAUGGCCCUUUUUUCGGUGAUGUCAUGGUCUUUGACUUGUUCGGUGGGGCAGCUGCUUGUCGCCCUCUUCUUACUCUCUUCCUCUUGCAUACCAAGAUACUUUGUCNAAACAAAUAUGAAGCAGCGAUUCUCGUCCUUGGACGUCAAGGUUAUUGCUCACGAGCUCUCGUCGGCCUUGGUGAGCCUGCGCGUCUCAAACAUCUACGAUCUUUCGUCACGAAUCUUCCUGUUCAAGUUUGCCAAACCAGAGCGUCGCGAGCAACUGAUCAUAGACUCGGGCUUCCGAUGCCACCUCACCACCUUUGCUAGAGCCACCGCCGCUGCGCCCUCGCCCUUCAUCACCCGUCUCCGCAAGUACCUUCGCACCCGACGAGUCACGUCAGUCUCGCAGAUCGGUACCGACCGCAUCAUCGACAUUCAAUUCUCCGACGGCCAAUACCAUCUUUUCCUCGAGUUCUAUGCCGGUGGCAACAUUGUCCUUACCGACAAUGAACUCAACAUCAUCGGUCUGCUGAGAAACGUCGACGAGGGCGCCGAGCACGAGCGCUACCGUCUAGGCCUCCAAUACAACCUCGAGCUGCGUCAAAACUACGGAGGUGUCCCACCAUUGACCAAGGACCGAGUCCGCGCUGGUCUGGAGAAGGCCAUUGAGCGCCAGUCGCAAGAUCAGUCGACAANNAAAAAGAUCAAGAGGAAACCAGGAGACGCUCUCCGCAAGGCUCUCGCUGUCUCCAUCACUGAGUUCCCUCCUGUUGUUCUCGAUCAUGUCUUUGAAGUUACUGGCUUUGAUAAGAACGUCCAACCAUCAGAGGUCCUUGAGAACGAAGAGACGCUCGACAGACUCAUGGCUGUCUUUGACGAGGCUUCCAAGGUUCUUGCCGACAUCACCUCGGCUGAAACAGUCACCGGCUACAUUGUAUCCAAACGUAGCAAGAGGGCUGCUGCUGACGCCAGCGGAGAUGGCCAGACCGAAGAAGACAAGGCCAAGGGUCUGAUGUACGACGACUUCCACCCUUUCAAGCCGAAGCAACUCGAGAACAACCCCGAGAACGUCUUUCUGGAGUUUACUGGCUUUAACAAGACAGUAGAUGAGUUCUUCUCCUCUAUCGAGGGUCAGAAGCUGGAGUCCAAGCUGAGUGAAAGAGAGGAACAGGCAAAGAAGAGGCUCGAGUCAGCUCGUCAAGAACAUGCUCGUCGUAUCGGUUCUCUUCAGCAAACACAGGAACUCAAUGUCACAAAAGCUCAAGCUAUCGAGGCCAAUUUGGAUCGUGUAGAGGAAGCCACUGCAGCUGUAAAUGGUCUUAUUGCUCAAGGUAUGGACUGGGUCGAAAUUGAACGCCUGAUCGAGAUGGAACAGAGUCGCAACAAUGCCGUCGCCGAAAUCAUCAAGCUUCCGCUCAAACUCGAGGAAAACACAGUCACGCUGCUCCUGUCUGAUUAUUCGUACGAAGAGGAGGAGGAAGAGAUGGGCGAUGUAACCGAGAGCGACAACUCGGACAGUGAGGAUGAGGACAAGAAGAAGUCAACCAAAGGCAACCAGAAGGAAGAUAAACGUCUGACCGUCGACAUUGAUCUUGGCCUAUCUGGUUGGUCGAACGCCCGUCAAUACUACGAUCAGAAGCGCGUAGCUGCAACGAAGCAGGAGAAGACCGAGCAGGCUUCCACCAAGGCACUCAAAAGCACCGAGCAGAGAAUUCAAGCAGAUUUGAAGAAGGGUUUGAAGCAAGAGAAGGCAGUCCUUCGUCCUGUUCGCAAACAACUCUGGUUUGAGAAAUUCAUUUACUUCAUCUCGUCUGAUGGUUACCUGGUUCUUGGCGGCAAGGAUGCUCAACAGAACGAACUUCUAUACCGCCGUCACCUGAAGAAGGGUGACAUUUACGUUCAUGCCGAUCUCCAUGGCGCCUCGUCUGUCAUCAUCAAGAAUAACCCUGGAUUGGCUGAGUACGAAAUUCCUCCAUCGACCUUAUCUCAGGCCGGAAACUUGUCAGUCUGCACGUCAAGUGCAUGGGACUCCAAGGCUGUCAUGUCUGCAUGGUGGGUAAAUGCUGACCAAGUAUCAAAGACCGCUCCUACCGGAGAGUAUUUGACUACCGGUGGCUUCAUGAUUCGCGGCAAGAAGAACUUCCUUCCUCCUGCUCAACUUCUUCUCGGCUUUGCUGUCAUCUGGCAAAUCAGCGAACAAAGCAAGGCCAAGCACCCUCAAGGAGCUCAGCAGUCGCGCAAGCAGCCUGAAGAUGAAGACACAAACUCGAGUGACUCUGAGUCCGAGGGUGAAGAGGAGACAGGCGAGAAGCAGCAAGACUCCAAGCCAGAGGCUUCCGAGUCUGCACAACCGCAGUCACAAGGCAAGAAGGCUGGAAACAAAGGCAAGAAUGACAACUCCAAGGCUGCUCCCAGUCAGCCCAAGCAAAAUAAGCCUGUUCGCGGCAAGCGCGCACAGAAAUACGCCGACCAAGACGAAGAAGACCGCCGUCUCGCGAUGGAAAUCCUAGGCUCAAAGGCCGCAGAGGAAAAACGCGAAGCCGAAGAAGAAGAAAAGGCUAAAAGGCCGAAAGCGCCGAAGCAGCCAAAGAACGCCGCCGCGCAGCGUGAAGGUCUCGAGGCCGAGGAGAUCCGUCGCUUGAACUUGGAAGAAGGCAUUGAAGCCCUAGACGAAGAAGAGAGCAGCGCCGUCACACAACUCGAUGCUUACGUCGGUACACCCCUUGCCGGCGACGAACUCCUCGAGGCAAUUCCUGUCUGUGCACCUUGGGCUGCACUGGCAAAGUACAAGUACAAAGUCAAGUUGCAACCUGGUGCACAAAAGAAGGGUAGAGCGAUACGCGAGAUUAUGGAUAGCUGGGCCAAGGCCGGCACGGUCAACAAAUGGGUUGAUCAGUCCAUGACCGACACUGAACGCAUCUGGCCCAGAGAACUUGAGCUCAUCAAGAACUGGAAGGAUGUUGAGGUUAUCGGUGUGUUGCCUGUCAGCAAGGUCAGAGUCAUGAUGAGUGGAGGUGCACACGGUAGUGGUGGCAGUGGUGGACAGAAAGGCAAGGGCAAAGGCAGAGGAGGCAAGGGCUCAAAGAAGUCUCGUUGA